AUGUCGAAUCAAAUAUCGUCCCCUGUUGUGGACGCGUCCGGGAAGACAAGACUACGUGACUCUUUGGAGCGUGCGAAGCGAGGUGAUGGGCCCAGUAUAGGACAGUGGCUUGAAUUCCCAGGUUAUACACUGGCUAGAACAGUUGGGCCGUUGGGCCAAGACUGGGUUCUUAUCGACUGUGAGCAUGGCAAUAUCGACGAUAAUGACAUGUAUCUGCAAGUUGGGGCAAUCGCCUCGUCAGGGUGCUCCCCAAUUGUCAGGAUACCGAGCAGCGAGCCGUGGAUGAUGAAACGGGUGUUGGACGCCGGCGCGCAUGCGAUCAUGGUUCCCAUGUGCGAAACAAAGGAGCAAGCGGAAGCGAUAGUCCGGGCGUGCAAAUAUCCCUCAAACACGUGGACAAAGGGAAUUCGGGGAGCGGGUGCUAUGUUUGCAUCCGCAAACUUCAACCAGAAUGGACGGGAAUAUUUGUUGAGUGCUAAUGAUAAUGUGAUGAUAUGUGUUCAGAUAGAAUCACGCAAAGCAGUUGAGAAUGUGGAGGAAAUCGCAAAUGUGGACGGGAUUGAUAUGCUUUUCAUCGGCCCGAACGAUCUGGCCUCCUCAAUGGGUUAUGUUGCCUUUGAUCACUCUUCGAUACCAGAAGUCCAAGAAGCUUCAAAGCGAAUCCUCAAGGCGACGCUUGAUGCUGGAAAAUAUGCCGGACACUUUGCUUUGAAUGCUGAAGCGGCCGCAAAACGAUAUGAACAAGGUUUUCAUUUCGUUAAUUGUGGCGCUGACAUUGUUGCCUUGACCGCAUGGAUGUCAAAUGAAAUGUCUACAUUGAAGGCUUUGAUACAGAGCAAAAACGAGGCUGAGCCAAAGUCAGAAAAUGCUGGGAUCGAAACUCAACAGGGCUAUAAUUGA